CAGAUAGUAGACCAAGCUGCACCUCUUAUAGAUAGAGAAUUCAGGUCAGAACAAGGAAAGGCUGCUGAGACAGAUAGAAAUGGCAGAGCAUGAAAAUGUCUUGCAAGAAAGCUCCGGGGAUCUGGAGGAAGGCAGAGGAGGAGGAGGAGGAGGCGGCGGCGGCCAAGCAAGGCGUGAGAAUUCAGAGCUAGAUGGAACCGGCAACCGUUCAAUGUUCUCCGUCCAGUUCGCGCAGAAGAUCCUCGCCGAGUUCUUCGGAACUUACUUCCUCAUGUUCGCUGGCUGCGCCGUGGUUGUGGUGAACCAGAGAACGGGCGGAGCAGUGACGCUCGUCGGCAUCGGCAUCACCUGGGGCUUCACCGUCAUGGUGAUGGUCUACUCCGUCGGCCACAUCUCCGGUGCGCACCUCAAUCCCGCCGUCACCAUCGCCUUCGCCACCUGUGGCCGCUUGUCGUGGAAACAGGUGCCGGCGUAUGUGGCAGUGCAGAUGACCGGGUCGCUAGCGGCGAGCCUGGUGCUGCGACUGCUGUUUGGAAGCACACGGGAGCACUUCUUUGGGACAGUGCCAACGGGUUCGGAUGCGCAGUCGUUGGUGCUCGAGUUCAUCAUCUCCUUUUACCUCAUGUUCGUCAUCUCCGGAGUCGCCACGGACAAUAGAGCUAUUGGUGAAGUAGGUGGCCUUGCCAUUGGAGCCACCGUCCUGCUAAACGUCCUCUUUGCCGGGAGCAUCCAUGAACCCGGCGAGGACUAUUGGCCCGGCAAUCAUUGCCAACCGCUAUGCCAGCAUCUGGGUGUACAUUGUCGGCCCGAGCUGCGGUACAGUGGCCGGCGCAUGGGCCUAUAAUCUUCUCCGCUUCACUGAUAAGCCUCUACAAGGGAUCAUCAAGACUCCGUUUUCCCUGAGAAGUGCAAGAAGAAAUGCUGUUUAAUCUAUGGCGAACAAGACGAGAGCACUGGCCGGCCGUCUUACCGUCCUAGUGCAAAUCCAAAAGCUUAGUAGGAACUUCAAUUCUUUUGAUUUAAUAUUUGUAAAACGUGAUGCUAAUAUGGCAGCUCAUGUAACCACUAAACAAGCGUCAUCUGCUUUCUUUAUAGGUCUUAUUUGUUUCAAUUCAGAAUUAUAAUAAGCGG